AUGGCUGAAGUCAAGAAAGCGAGUGAUGAGAAACCUUCAACUUCUAUUGAGCAUGGAGCUAUCAUCGAUGGAUCUGCUGAAGCAGGAGAUACAGAGCUCUUGGCAACCCUAGGUUACAAACAAGAACUUCGCCGCCACUACUCUACCAUCCAAAUAUUUGCCGUCGCAUUCAGCAUCAUGGGUCUCCUCCCCUCAAUCGCCUCAACCCUCUCCUUCUCCAUGCCGGCCGGUCCCGUCGGGAUGGUCUGGGGCUGGCUAGUCGCCAGUGUCUUCAUCUUCAUAGUCAGUCUCGCGAUGGCCGAUCUAGCCUCCGCAAUGCCCACAGCCGGUGGUUUAUAUUUCUGGACACAUUACUACGCCGCCGAGAAAUGGAAAGACGCACUCAGUUUCGUCGUCGGCUACAGCAAUACUAUUGGUCUGAUCGGUGGUAUCUGCUCAAUUGAUUAUGGAUUCGCGAAUAUGCUUCUAUCCAUGAUCUCUAUCGCCCGUGAUGGAAACUGGACUGCUUCGCGACCUGUUAUUUACGGUACCUAUGUGGCUACUGUCGUUGCGCAUGGUCUUAUCGCUACUUUCUUCGGAAGAGUUAUGCCCAAGAUUCAAUCCAUUUGCAUCUUCUUGAACGUUGGGCUUGUUUUUGCGACGGUUGUUGCGUUGCCAGUUGGGAAGAAUAAAAAUGCCCCACCGGUUAAUUCAGGUUCUUAUGUUUUUGGACAUGUGGAGAAUUUGACGACUUGGCCUACUGGGUGGACAUUUAUGUUAGCAUGGCUUUCGCCUAUCUGGACUAUUGGCGCUUUUGAUUCUUGUGUGCAUAUGAGUGAGGAGGCGACUCAUGCGGCGAGAGCAGUACCGAUUGGAAUUAUUGCCUCAUCGGGCUUGUGUGGUAUUUUGGGAUUUGUUUGUUUGGCUGUUAUUGCGGCAAGCAUGGAUACAAAUAUUGAGGGGAUUUUGAGUUCGGCGUUUGGUCAGCCUAUGGCCCAGAUCUACUAUGAUGCUCUUGGAAAAUCUGGGGCUCUUGGAUUCAUGGCUGUGGUCUCAUCCGUACAAUUCUUCAUGGGAUUAAGUAUUGUUCUCGCCGCCUCCCGCCAGAGCUGGGCCUUCUCUCGCGAUGGUGCCCUCCCCUUCUCAUCAUUCUUCCGAAAAAUCAGCCAGCACAGACUCAUGCGUUACCAACCCGUCAACAUGAUGUGCGGUGUUGUUCUUGUCUCCGUAGUCAUCGGUCUCCUAUCUCUUAUCGACAGCGCAGCAGCAAAUGCCCUCUUCUCGCUUGCUGUUGCCGCGAAUGACCUCGCCUGGUUAACCCCCAUUCUGUGUCGACUCCUUUGGGGCAAUGAGCGAUUUGUCCCUGGUGAAUUCUACACAGGAAAAUAUCUCAGUAAGCCCAUUGCAUGGACAGCGGUUAUUUAUAUGGUUUUUGCGAUUUUGUUGUGCAUGUUCCCGACUGAAGGGCCAAAUCCCACUCCUGGGGAUAUGAAUUAUACGGUUGUUAUUAAUGGGGCGCUCUGGCUUGGAUCCUUUGCUUAUUAUAUGCUUCAUGCGAGGAAGACCUUUAAGGGGCCCCAGACUACUGUGGCGCCAGAGGAAGAGGGUAAGAGGAUUGAGGCUGAGCGGGAUACUUCCGGGCAAUGA